AUGCAAAAUUCUGAUAUGAUUGUUGUUGUUUUUAUCAAUAGUAUUAAAAACGAAGGAAUGAUUCCGCCAAUGCACGAUAAUGAAACAAUUGAGAUGUCAGAUUGUGUUCCCAACAAUGAUGCUGCGACAAGAUAUCCAAUGCUGUUUGACACUACGAUUUAUCAACAUACUAUUAAUAAUUCAAUUUUAAAAUUUGCAACAAAUUAUCAUGACUCAAUUGGUUUAAAGAUAAAAAUCUGGUGGUGGAAUCUAACAAAAAAGCAACAACACUUUUACAUCUGUUCAGUAGUGAUCUUGUUGGCUCUAUUGAUACUUGUUAUCAUUGCUAUAUCCACACAACAAUCCUCCGAUAACCAGCAAAAGUCAACAUCAACAACUACUGCUUAUGAUACCACAACUUCUACAAUUGGUACUAAUACUACUACUACCUCUCUAACUACAAAUGUUACUGUCACGGUCACUUCUACGACUGCAACUACAAAAACAUCCUUAACGUCUACAACUGCAACAACAUCCUUAACGUCUGCGACUGCAACUGCAACUACAUCCUUAACGUCUGCGACUACAACUGCAACUACAUCCUUAACGUCUGCGACUACAACUGCAACUACAACGAAUACGCCCUCAACAGCAUCAUCUACUCCACCGAAUACCUCAAAAUCCAUCAAAUCAGUCACUACAAGUAGUUCGCAACUAAAAUUGGCGCUACAGAGAGCAAUACUUUCUAUGAAUCAACGGUAA